AUGUCCUCACCCAUGCUGGGCUUUUCGGAUGAGGAUAAGGACGGAACUAUCCAACCCCAUAAUGAUGCUCUAGUCAUCACGCUCAGGAUCGGGGGAUAUGACGUGAAGAGAGUGUUAGUCGAUCAGGGCAGCGCUGUGGAAAUAAUGUACCCCGACCUAUACAAGGGGCUGAAUUUGAAACCCGAAGACCUGGCGGCAUACGACUCCCCCUUGGUAAGCUUCGAUGGGAAAACUGUUACUCCGAAAAGCCAAAUUAGACUGCCCAUACAAAUAGACUUGGACAUAAUGGAGGUGAACUUCAUAGUGGUGGACGCAUACUCUCCCUACACAGCCAUCGUAGCUCGGCCUUGGCUUCAUACCCUAAGGGCUGUCUCCUUUACCCUGCACCAGAAGGUGAAGUAUCCGUCGGAGGGUCAGGUCAAAGAAAUUAUAGGGGAUCAGGCCAUGGCUUGA